GGCAGAGUUUUAAAAAAGCAUACCAGUUAUGUAUAUUUAUUAUGUAGUUUAAUACGACUAAAACAUACUUUUGUAUAAUUUGUUUGUGGAAUAUUUGGAAUAUUGGGCAUAUAAAAUACUGUAACUUUGGGUUCUAUUCAAUGAAAGUAUGAUUUUGGAAAUAUAUAAGCGGUAUAUUGGCGGCGUUUUACAAGAAUGUAUAUCAUUUAAUUGAGCAUAAACACAGAGUAAUGAACCACAGAAUAGACAAUUAUAGAAUCAUAGGUAACCGCAGUUCACAAGUAAGUUUUAAACACGUUUAUAAAACAAGUAUUUCAAUGAAAUCGUAAUAAUCACAUUAACUUAGUACAUGGUUAAAAGUUAGAACCUAAUACCACAACUAUGCUUAUGGUUUAAUCUUAGAAUUAUGAUCACAGGUAUGCUGCGUACCUGUGAUCAAAAUACUGAUACAACCAUAGACAUAUUAUACGACUAGUCUCUUGAAAUUACAAAUUGUAAAUAUUUUCGCAUCACUAAAAAUGACGUAUGAUGUCGAAUUUAUCCACCCACACUUUCUUGAUUGAAUUUUGAUAAGAAAAAUAAAUAAGUUGUAUCAAUUCUGCGCCCGUGUUGAUAUCAUUUUUACUGUGUGAUAACUCUGUUUAAGUAAUCACAUUAUGUGUGUAACUCAGUUAUCGUUUGUAGAGAAACAUCGAUCUGUUUUGUUUAGACGACGGGCGUGAACAACUGAACGUGCGGAACAGUUAUAUUGUUUAGUAAUAAUUAAUUCAUAGUUACGUGUGGGCGUUCGAAGUGGUUGUCGGAAGCGGCUGUGCGUGAUGUUACUGUUCGGCAGGUAGUUGGUGGAGUAGAUAAACAUGUCUCUACAAAAGAGUGUUAAAAGUUCGGGAGGAGAUAGGUCGGACCAAGCAGACACAACCUCAAUAUGUUCAUCAGUGACCACACAACCGGACAGGCAUGGCUUCUUCGGUGGUGCUCAAUACAGUCCAGAACCAAAGCGAACGGUGUCGCCGAGUACGAUUCUGAAGCGUGAGCAGAAAUGGUUGCGCAUGCUCAACAACUGGGAGGCGUUCAUGAGCAAGAACUACAAGAAGGUGCGCGAGCGGUGUCGGAAAGGAAUACCAGCGUCAGUGCGUCCGAAAGCAUGGCUAUACCUCUGCGGGGGCCAACUCCUGCUGGAGAAGCACCCCAAUGAAUACGAGGAGUUGCUGCAAGCGCCUGGAGACCCCAAGUGCAUGGACGACAUCAGGAAGGACCUGCACCGCCAGUUCCCCUACCACGAGAUGUUCAUCAGGGAGGAGGGAGUUGGUCAACAGGAGUUGUUCUCGGUCCUGAAAGCGUACUCGGUGCUCAACCCCAAGGUGGGGUACUUCCAGGCGCAGGCGCCGGUGGCGGCGUUCCUAUUGAUGCAUAUGCCCGCCGUGCAGGCCUUCUGGUGCCUGGUCAGCAUCAGUGACAAGUACCUGAGCGGGUACUACAACCCUGGACUGGAGGUCCUCCAACGUGACGGCGACAUCCUACACGCGUUGCUCCGUCGCACCGCGCCCGCAGUCCACCGACACCUCAGCAAACACAAAGUGGAGCCCGUGCUGUACGCCACCGAGUGGUUCCUGUGUGCGCUGACCAGGACCCUGCCCUGGGACAGUCUGCUGCGCGUGUGGGACUGCUUCCUGUGCGAGGGCGUCAAGGUACUCUUCAAGGCGGCGUUGGUGAUAUUAGCGGGCGCGCUAGGUCCAGCGAAGGUCCGUAAGCGCGCGAGCGGAUUAUGCGAAACUUUAGAGGUAUUACGGCACCCGCCCGAAGGCGUAUUAGGUGAAGAGUACCUCAUGUACCACAUGCAGCGGCUCAACCUCACGGAGGAGGACUUUGAGUUCGAGCACCAGCGGCAGACCGCGCGCCGGCGGGCCAUGCCUAACCGGAGUGGCAGCUGAUUCAGUGACUGCUCGUACAAGCGUUAUUCGAAGAAUAGCGCGCGGGACAUAUUCCACACCCUAUGAGUACGUGCAAUAAAUGACUGUUUCAAGCUAAUGUGUACCUAAAGUGAUAUGUGAUACGGACGCGAACCGCGUGACCGAACGACCAAUACGACUGACGAGUGUUAGCUAGAUUAGUUAAGUGUGGAAGCGAAUCUACUCUGUUGUCCGAUAGAUAAAAAAAUAUCAAAAAAAUGCCUUUAUUUUCCUUUUAAAAUGGGAAGAAAGUUGAUUUUAAAUGUUCUUUUUGUAAAAUUAUCACAAUGAAAAUCUUACAAUUUUAUUGAAAAUUUGUUUUUUUUUUGUUUAAAGAAAAAUCUACUAGAAAUAAAUCUUUAAGGGGCCCAUAUACGGAACGAUUGAUCUGUACGAUCCGUCGUUUCAGACCAAUCGAAACGAUGGAUCGACAGUGUAUGUCAAGAUCGUUAACGAUUUA